GUGGGGUCAGCAGCUGGAGGGGGCGUGGCCAACACUCAGGGCCGGUGUGUGUGUGUGAGACGUUGAUCAGACGUGUGUGAGGGAGGCAGAGUGUCAGAGUGUUGCCGUCUCUCGGCCAUGGCCUGUCUGAUGGCCGCCUGGUCCGUCCAUCAACCCCACCGUCACCAACUCCAUCAUCAUGAACACUAAUGGGCCCCCGGACCUGAUGUUGGACCCCCGGAUGGUGUGCGUUUGUAUGGACGAGGUGGUCAGCAAGCGGCCGGUGGGAAGCCAGCAGACGCCGCUGCUGCAGGGACACCUGAAGAAGGUGGACAACAACCUGACAGAGGCCCAGAGGUUCUCCUCACUACCACGGAGGCCAGCGGUCAAUAUUGAGUUCAAAGACGUCUCGUACUCCGUCAGAGAGGGGCCUUGGUGGAGGAAGAAAGGUUACAAAACUCUGCUCAAAGGGAUCUCUGGGAAAUUCACCAGCGGGGACCUGGUGGCCAUCAUGGGGCCCUCAGGAGCCGGGAAGUCCACCCUCAUGAAUAUCCUGGCUGGAUACAGGGAGACAGGGAUGAAGGGGGAGAUCCUGAUCAACAGUCAGCCCAGAGACCUGCGCUCCUUCAGGAAGGUUUCCUGUUACAUCAUGCAGGACGACAUGCUGCUGCCUCACCUGACCGUACAGGAGGCCAUGAUGGUGUCAGCGAACCUGAAGCUGCAGGAGAAGGUGGAGGCUCGUAGAGAGAUGGUCCGGGAGAUCCUGAUGGCUCUGGGUUUACUGGACUGUGCUAAAACCAGGACGUCUCACCUGUCGGGGGGUCAGAGGAAGAGACUGGCCAUUGCCCUGGAGCUCGUCAAUAAUCCACCGGUCAUGUUCUUCGAUGAACCAACCAGUGGUCUGGACAGCUCGUCCUGUUUCCAGGUGGUGUCUCUGUUGAAAGCUCUGGCUCAGGGAGGACGAACCGUCAUCUGCACCAUCCACCAACCCAGCGCCAAACUGUUUGAGCUCUUCGACAAGCUCUAUGUUCUGAGUCAGGGUCAGUGUAUCUACAGAGGGAAGGUCUCCAGUCUGGUUCCCUACCUGAGAGACCUCGGACUCAACUGUCCCACCUACCACAACCCCGCUGACUUCGUCAUGGAGGUGGCGUCCGGAGAGUACGGCGAUCAGAUGGUCCGACUGGUGAGGGCCGUCCAGGACAGGAAGUGCGAGAAGGAUUAUCAGACCGAACUGAACGGAGAUACGAACCACCACCCGUUCCUGUGGCAGCGCACGGAAGAGGAGAGUUCUUCGUCUGAGGGUUGUCACAGUUUCUCGGCGAGCUGCAUGACUCAGUUCUCCAUCCUGUUCAGGAGAACCUUCCUCAGCAUCCUCAGAGACUCGGUGCUGACUCACCUGAGGAUCUCAUCUCACAUCGGGAUCGGCGUUCUGAUCGGUCUGCUGUACCUUGGAAUCGGGAACGAGGCCAAGAAGGUCCUGAGUAACUCAGGGUUCCUUUUCUUCUCCAUGUUGUUCCUCAUGUUCGCUGCUCUGAUGCCCACAGUCCUCACAUUUCCUCUGGAGAUGGGAGUUUUUCUGAGGGAACACCUGAACUACUGGUACAGUCUGAAGGCUUACUACCUGGCCAAAACCAUGGCUGACGUCCCCUUUCAGGUAGUAUUCCCGGUGGUGUACUGCAGUAUUGUGUACUGGAUGACGGCUCAGCCUCCAGAUGCCGGCCGCUUCUUCCUCUUCCUGUCUCUGGGGAUCCUGACCUCUCUGGUAGCUCAGAGUCUAGGUCUGCUGAUCGGAGCUGCCUCCACCUCGCUGCAGGUGGCGACGUUUGUUGGUCCAGUCACGGCAAUCCCUGUUCUACUGUUCUCUGGGUUCUUUGUCAGUUUUGAUACCAUCCCCUGGUACCUGCAGUGGAUGUCCUACAUCUCUUAUGUCAGAUAUGGUUUCGAGGGCGUCAUCUUGUCCAUCUAUGGUCUGGACCGAGAGGAUCUUCACUGCGAUGAAGACGAGACAUGUCACUUCCAGAAGUCUGAGGCCAUCCUGAAGGAGUUGGACAUGCUGGACGCCAAACUCUACCUGGACUUCAUCGUGCUCGCCAUCUUCUUCUUCUCUCUUAGGCUCAUCGCUUACUUUGUCCUGCGGUACAAGAUCAGUGCUGAGAGGUAGACCAAGGCCAGGAUCAGGACCAGGACAAGGAGGACGAUGAUGAUGGAAGGUCACAUGGGGGGAGAAGACCUGAGUGUCCUGCAUCUAGGCCAAAACCUUUAGGCCAAUGUUAGCGUGUAGCCGUGGAAUUUGUCCACAUGUGAACACUGAAUCUACUUUGGCUCAUGAAGAAGAGACAUAGUGGAGCAGCAGAGUCCAGUUCAGUCUGGGGGGACAUCAGAGGUCUGCAGACGUAGAUUUGAUUUAAUUUAAAGGUCUCAGUCAUUAGAGGACGAGGUGAGGACAUUCAGGUCCUGCAGGAAGAGGAGCUGGUCUCCUGAUUCCUGAAGGUUUCACUGUGCCACAACCUGAAGGACCACAACAAAAAACGUCUGACAGACCUGGAAAAGACCUGAGGUUUAUGUCCAAUCAGGGCGUCGCGACGUGGAUGAACUCUGGGCGAACUCUGGACUCUCACGAUCAGUCUGUUUUAAGGAGUCUCAGAGGUGACAUUUAUUUUACUUUAGUUCAAAAGGUUCGGGGUCAAAGGUGAAAGCAGCAUGAGGACAGACCCAAACCAGCGCUGUAUCUCAAACUGUUUAUAAAUAAAGAUGUAUCAUUUCUUGAAUAAAGACUUUAUUUACUCUCAGAACUCUGACAGAACAAAUCACUGCAGCUUCAUGUUUAUUUCCUCUGUAGGAGUCUGAGUGUUUCUGAGUCCAACACAGAAUAAAACAGUUCAGCUUUGAGCUUCAGGGAG